CCCAAAACACAUACAAUACAUUUCCUCUAGGGUUAGGGUUCUCUUUGCAAAGAAAAAAAGAUGUCAACAUCAUCAAAGAAAAUGAUAGUAUUGAAAAGUUCAGAUGGAGAAACAUUUGAGGUGGAAGAAAUUGUUGCUUUGGAAUCACAGACAAUAAAACAUAUGAUUGAGGAUGAUUGUGCAGACACAAGUAUUCCUCUGCCAAAUGUUUCAAGCAAGAUUCUUUCCAAAGUUAUUGAGUAUUGCAAAAAACAUGUUGAAUCAUCAUCAUCUGAAAAUAAGGAUGAUAAGGCUUCUUCAGAAGAUGAUUUGAAAUCUUUUGAUUCUGAGUUUGUUAAAGUUGACCAGGGCACCCUCUUUGACCUCAUUUUGGCUGCUAACUAUCUCAACAUCAAGAGCUUGCUGGACUUGACAUGCCAAACCGUGGCUGACAUGAUUAAGGGGAAGACACCUGAAGAGAUCCGCAAGACUUUCAAUAUCAAGAAUGAUUUCACCCCAGAGGAGGAAGAAGAGGUUCGCAGGGAGAAUGCCUGGGCUUUUGAGUAAAUCAAGUUAAUGCUGAAGCUCUCUUAUUAUGCAAGUAGUAGUAGUAGUAUAUAAUUGGUGCGUUUAUUAGCAGCAAGCUUCCAACUUUCUUAAUGUGGUGUCUGUCUGAAUUCUACUGUCUUUGUUUUAUUGUCUUAAAACUUAUCUUUUGCUACUUGUUCGGAGGUUUAGAAGCUUGUUCUCUUAAUUGGAAAUGGUCUUCUUUUGAUUGUUA